AUGAGUGCACUGUCAGUUGUGGAUGGAGCCUGGCACGCGUUAAGCGCUCCCAACACAUUUCCAGUUCCGGAUUCCUCGGUGAGCCAGGACAAGCCCCUCCCGCACUCAGCGCCUCAGUCUCCCAAGCCUGUCACCGGAAACCCCUCCCGCGGUGCCGCCCCCAGCGGGGCCGGCGCCGGCCCUGACGCCGUCUCUCUCCCGGGCAGGGAGGCUGCCGGCGUGGACCGUGGGAAGGCGGGGCUGGGGCUCGGCGGGAGGCCACCCCCGCAGCCGCCCCGGGAUGAGCGCGCCCAGCAGCUGCUGGACGCCGUGGAGCAGCGGCAGCGGCAGCUCCUGGACACCAUCGCCGCCUGUGAGGAGAUGCUGCGGCAGCUUGGCCGCCGGCGUCCGGAGCCGGCUGGUGGCGGGAACGGUUCAGCCAAGUCCGGAGCGCCGCCCCAGCCCGCUGUAUCCCCCAGAGGUGGCCUUCCAAAGGAUGCUGGCGAUGGAGCUGCGGAGCCUUGACCAUUUCCUAGCCGGGCACCCUGACUUCUGUACUCUUCCAGGGCCGGUGGCUGGACUCUGACCAACUCCCCUCACUAAGGGGCCAGUCUUCACUGGCAGUUGCUGGUACUUGGCCCUCAGCCUGGGAUGGCAACUUUGCAAGCAGCUGGGUUCACUCCCACGUCGUCCUGGCUGAAGGCAGUACUGUGUUUGGAAAUGUAGCCAACGAAUAUCCAGUCUUGAGUACUCGGAUUCGGGCAGGCCAGCAGUGCUGGCCAGAGUGGUCUGGCCUGCUUUGGGGGUUCCAGGUGGUAUUACUUGUUCAUUUCAUGCUUUGGGGGCUCUCGGCCCCACAAAACACUUCAGCAGAGUCUUGAUUAAAAGGAAACCUGUAGACAA